AUGGAGGAAUCUGAAGACAAUCUGAGUUCAGAGGAUAUCAAAUAUGAAGAUAGCCAAUCGAAUGUCAAAGUUAAACCAAAAAAGCGGUCACUUGUAGAAAGGGAGUUGGAAACUAAUUUAACUGCAAGAGUCACAUCUCCUAUAACUAACAGAGAUGCAGCAAGUACAAGCCGCUAUGGCAGAGCCCGCAGAAUAAAAAUGGAUUCUGACUCAACCGAAACAAUACCGAGAUCUGUCAAAUCUCCUAAAUUACCAAAAUCGCCAAGUAAAGUCCAAUCUCCCGCAUACAAAAUGCAUGCCUCUAAUUCCCCUAUUAGAGUUGAGACUCCAAAGCAAAUUGAAUAUUCAUUAGAAAAUCAAAUUGAAACAAUUUAUAAUGAGAAUAUAUCCUUGAGCCGUUUUGGUUCUGAAGAAAAGAAGUGCCUAUCAACCAGUAAAUAUCCUAAAGUGUACAUUCGAAAAGACCUAAUACAAACAAAGGAUAAAGACCCUGAUGACACUGUUGUUUUAAUAAAAAACAUGUUUUCACCUAGUAAUAGUGGCAAAAAAACUAACAAUUUUAACUUAGAACAUUCUUCAGAAAAGUAUAAUAUGAAUAAAAGCAAACAAUCAUUAAAUGGAUACACCAAAACACCAUCUGUUGUGAAAACUUUAGAUUUUGAUGGAAAUAAAAAGAAAAGGAAUAUUGAAAGAAAGGUAGUUUUGUCUAAAAAUGAGUUAUUUGAGUUAGAAGCCAAGUGUGAAUACCAAGUUGGGGACUUGGCGUGGGCUAGAAUGGGAACCUAUCCAUUCUGGCCAUGUAUCAUAACAAGAGAUCCAUUGAGCGGGAUGUAUGUUAAAAAGAAAUUAUUUGGUCGGAUUGAACGUGAUGUAUUGCAUGUGACAUUCUUUGGGGAUAACGGGCGUCGCGGCUGGAUCGUGGACAGUAUGCUCAGGAAGUUUCAUGGUCAACUGGAAUUUGAAACGGCUAGGGUGAAUUUUACUCCAGAGGCUAAGAAAAAAGACCCCAGACUGUAUGCAGCAUAUUUUAUAUCAGAUAAAAAAUUGUCUCAAUGGCAAAUAUCAGUUGAAGAAGCAGAAAUGUUACUGAGAGAACCUAAACGACUCAGAAUAGAGAUCCUAAAUGAUAUGUUAGAAAAGUCAAGAUCUCUAAAAACUACACCAAAACUAGAAAAAAGUAAAAAAGUCACAAGAACUAAUAGUGAUGUAUCAUUGAGUGAGAGUUUGUAUGAUACUUUGUUUUCAGAAAAAGACUUUACAACUAAAGAUUCAGAGAGAUCUAGAAGUAAAAGUAGGAACAGAUCAUUAGAUGUCUCUGAGGUUGUUACGGCGUGUUUAGACAAUAUGGCCGCCAAAACAGGUAUUACGAAAAUCCAAAGACAAUCGCACAUGGACAGAUGGCUGCAGAAGGCAAAAUCGAAAACCCCAGAAAAAUCUCAAAUGAAAUCUCAAGUAAAAGUAGAUAAUAAAAGUGCCAAAUCAAAAACAAAACAAAAGCCCAAAGAGUCAAAACGAACUUAUAAUUUUAGAUCAUCCAGUCAAGAAUCUCUGGAAGAGAAUAAAUUGCAAUCACAUCAAAAUGAACAUGAUUAUAGUCAAAAGUCCAAGGAAAGAAAUAGUCCGGUAAUAUUAGAUGACGUAGAAAUUGAAUAUGAGAAUGCAGACGGAGUUUUAUCAGACUCUGUUGAGUCUGGGUCUGGUCUAGGUAUUAUAUCUAAAGUGGAAACUCUUUGCGGCAAGGACCAAUUCAAUGAUGAAGAAGAUAUGAUAUUGACAGUUGUUAAUGAUGAAAUAUAUAUAAGUGAAAGUGGUAACAUUGGUGAUGAAAUAUGCAUUCAAAUUAAUCAGAUAAAAGAUAUCCAAACACAUAAUAAUUUAGAAGCUUCCGACAUUAAAAGUACUAUAGGAUUAGAAAAUUGUGAUACAAUUAUAGCAAUUGACACCAAUAAUGAUUUAAUGGAAACUGAUGAUCAAAAUAAUGAAGGUAUAUCAGAAAUUAAUGAAAAUUUAACUCAAAUUAAGAAUAAUAUAGCAACUAAUAGUAAAGCACAUGAAGAAUUGAGCGAAAAUAUAAAUAAUGAAUGUAUGGACGUGAGUGAAUCGCAUAUGAAUAUGACAAGCAAUAGGGACCAAUUAGAAAAUAACGAUUUAAAUGUAGAAAAUAAUGAAAACGUUGCAUUUAAUGAUCAUGAAGCUAUGGACAGUACUAAAAUGUCUGUAGAUGAAUUCAUGGAUGUUGAUAAUGAAAAUGAAGGCUGUGUAAAAGACAAAUGUGAACUUAGUGUUGCUAAAACAUUAGAGCAAAUUGAAAAAGAAUGUAAUUUAGACAGUACAAGUUUAAUAAUUAAUGACAGAAUGUUAGAAACAGUUGAUUAUGCAACUAAUAUAAGCAAUUCUCACGAAAUCACAGCAGAAAAUAACAAAGUUAAUCAAAAAAAAAUCAGUGACUAUCUUGUUGAAACACGAACUACGGAAAUAAAUAUGUCACAAACGAUAGAAGAAAAGGUACCACAAACAAAAAAAGAAGAUAUACCACAACCUAAAGAAGAACAUAUACCACAAACAAUAAAAGAAAAUUUACAACAACCUAUAGAAAAUAUACCGCAAAUAAUAGAAGAAAAUGUACCAGAAACUAUAGAAAACAUACCACAAACAAAAGAAGAAAUUGUUCCACAAAUAAUUGAGGAAAAUUUGCCACAAAAUGUAGAAGAAAAUAUACCACAAACUGUAGAAGAAAAUGUACUACAAACUAAAGAAGAUGAUAUACCACAAACAGUAAACGAAAAUGUUACACAAAUCGUAGAAGAAAAUAUAUUACAGGCUAUAGACAAAAAUGUAUUAAGACCAUUAGAAGGAGAUGUACUUCAAAUAGUAAGAGAAAACGUGUCUAAAUCAAUGGACGACGUUGUACUACAAACAACUGAAGAAAAUAUACCGAAAAUAGUAGAAGAAAGAAACACACAAGUUGAUAACCAUUUUUUUGAGUUGGGCACAAUAGAAAGUCACGCGAAAAAAAAGAAAGAUGCAUCUAUUGUUAAUGUAAGCCCAUCAAAUAAAAAUACGUCAAAAAAAUUACACAAAUUUAAACUAUCACUAAAUAAAUCUUUGGAAAAAGAUAGCGAUGGCAUCGAAAAUGUAGAAACGGCUGUGAUUGGUUGUAAUAGUCCAAAAGAGCAUUCCGUAGAAAAGGAAUCUUUGAAACUUAAUGGUUAUUGUAUUAAUCAAAUGACAAGUAAAAGAAUAAAUGAUGUAGGAUCUGUAAUCAGUUCACAUUAUGCUAAACAAAUUGAAAUCACCUGUGAAAAAGACAGUAUAAUGCAUAAUACUCCUUACCUAGAUGAAGAAAUAAAUAGAGAUAUAGUUGAUGAAGAGGAAAAUAUUUCUUGUGAUAACAAAAAAAUGGUAUUUAAAAACAUUAUAGGAGAGAAAGAAAAAGAAGUAAAAGACUCAGUAAAACCAAUAGAAAAAGUGUCAGAAAACGAAACAGCCUUAGUAAAUGGAUGUCAUGAACCUGUUCAUAUAAUACCAAGUAUCAUCACUAACGAAACAGAUAACAUAUCUUUGGAUGAACCGGUUAUGCUAAACGGUUACCAUGAUGAUAAUGAUGCGGACACUAACUCUAUCGGUGAUAAUGACGAACCACUGUCGGCUUAUCAAUUGCGAUUAAAAGCUAAGCAAUCUGAAGGAAAUGCGAAAAUGUUUGAUCUACAAAAACCUGAAGUAUUAAAUGAAGAUAUAGAUAAUUUGUCAGUAAAAUCGGGAGACAGUGAAAUGUCAGUUGGAAGAAGAAAACGCAAAUUAAUUGAAAAGAAAAAUAUUUUGGAGGAUCCGGAAUUUUUAAAAUAUUUAGAGAUCAGACAAGAUGCUUUGAUGGAUGAAAAUCCAGAGCUCACUGAAGAAGAAAUUACUAAUUACCUAUACAAAACUUGGUUAUAUGAGGAAGGUUUAAAAACGGAUGCCAAAAAAGCCGACGAUAUUGAUCAAUCAAAUUUAGUCAAAGGUCUUAAUGCAGAUCCGGUACCAGUGAAAAAGAUAAGAAAAAAGAUUAAAACAGAAAAAGACAGAGAAAAAGAUAAAGAACCUAAUUUGGAAAAAGAACCAAUACCUAAAGAAAAGUCCAAAAGAAGAAUCAUUAGGCCAUAUUAUAAAGAAGAUUUCUCAGAUAUGGAUGAUGACAUAGAAUAUUAUGAAAUAUUUAAACCUAAACAAAAAGUGCCAAAAAUAAUAGAACCUCAUAAUACAGAUGAAAGAGAAGAAGUGAUUAAAGAAGAAAACUUCCAAAAUGAAAUAGGAACAGAAAUACCAAUAGAAGUUGACGAAGAAUUUGUAUCAGAAGAAUUUGAUCAAGUUGAAGAAUAUUUUAGACAACUGACAGAGCCUAAACCGAAUUUGUUCAAAGGUCUUAUAAGAGAAAAAGUUUGUGAAAUAUGCGAGAAAUAUGGUAAUCUUGUCAAAUGUAAAGGUUGUUAUAACAUGUUCCAUGUCGAUUGUGUGAAGAAACAAGUUGAAAUUGUGGAAGUUUCAAUACCCAUGAGAGGGAGAAAGAAAAAAAAGAAAAACAGAGGAAGAAAGGCAAAAGAAGACUGUUUAGACUCAGGAAGUCAAAGUGAUGAGAAAUCUCAAGAUGCCAAUGUUUCAGAGGAACAUAAUAUGUCCUUAGAUAAUGAAGAAGACUGUCAUAUAACAGCAAACGAAGAUGAAUUUGAAAAUAAACUAUCAGCUAAAAUGAAAGAGUUAUUAGAAAAUCCGGAGAGUAUGGAAUACGAUUCGGAUUCGAAUGACGAACACGAUUUCGCGGACGUCAAUAUCGGUGAAUGUAAAAUCGUGGACGUGAAAGAGCGUAAAAAGGAACAAAACGACUAUUCCGAUUUCAAAUGCAACAACUGUCAAAAAUAUGACAUACCCAUAUGUUUUGUUUGUAAAUCGCCCAUGUCUCCCAAAGACAAAGCUGAGCAUAGACAAAAGUGUCAAGUGGCGCAUUGCCAUAAGUAUUACCACAUGGAAUGCCUCGAUCACUGGCCACAGACGCAGUUUAAUGGGGGAGAACUUUCGAGAACGGACAAAGGGAAUAAGUAUUUCGAAACGUUUUCUUGUCCACGCCAUGUUUGUCACACGUGUGUAUGCGAUGACCCCAGAGGCUGUAAGACUAGAUUUAGUGGGGAUAAGUUAGCGAGAUGUGUCCGAUGUCCAGCAACUUACCAUACAUUCACAAAAUGUCUGCCUGCCGGUAGUCAGAUUUUAAGCGGCUCCCAUAUAAUCUGUCCUAGGCACUAUGAGCAUAGGCCCGGUAAAGUCCCUUGUCAUGUGAACACAGGGUGGUGUUUUAUAUGUGCGUUGGGCGGAUCGCUGAUAUGCUGUGAAUAUUGUCCCACUUCCUUCCACGCUGAGUGCCUUAAUAUUAAACCUCCGGAGGGUGGUUACAUGUGUGAAGACUGUGAGACUGGCCGUCUACCGCUGUAUGGGGAAAUGGUUUGGGUGAAACUUGGACAUUAUAGAUGGUGGCCCGGUAUUGUACUUCAUCCAUCGGAGAUACCACAAAAUAUAUUGGCAGUAAAGCACUCCCCCGGAGAGUUUGUGGUGCGGUUCUUUGGGCAGUAUGACCACUAUUGGGUGAACAGAGGGCGCGUUUUUCCUUUUCAAGAGGGUGACUCUGGUAAAGUUUCCAGCCAGAAGUCUAAAAUCGAUGCGGCUUUCACAAUGGCAAUGGAGCACGCGCAAAGAGCUUGUGAAAUAUUAAAAACAGCACAACCAAACGAAGAGGAGUCACUGGACAUUGCGUCAUCCCUCUUGCCUCCGCACUACGUCAAGUUGAAAGUGAACAAGCCGUGCGGCGCGCUGUGCGGCCGCAGGGUGGACCUAGAGGAGGGGUCGCUCACGCAGUGCGAGUGCGACCCGCACGAUGGGGACCCCUGCGGACCCUACACUCAGUGUUUGAACAGAAUGUUACUAACUGAAUGCGGUCCGACGUGUCGAGCCGGGGAUAGAUGUAAUAACAGAGCGUUUGAAAAACGCCUAUAUCCAAAGCUAACCCCCUACAGGACCCCGCAUAGGGGUUGGGGGUUGAAGACCUUAGUUGAUAUUAAAGCAGGGCAAUUUGUAAUAGAGUAUGUCGGAGAGUUGAUAGACGAAGACGAGUUCCAAAGACGUAUGAAGAGGAAACACGAGGUCCGGGAUGAGAACUUCUACUUUCUUACUCUGGACAAGGAGAGGGUCAUCGAUGCUGGGCCUAAGGGGAAUUUUGCUAGGUUUAUGAAUCACUCGUGUGAGCCGAACUGUGAGACGCAAAAGUGGACUGUGUUAGGGGAUAUUCGAGUUGGUCUCUUCGCUCUAUACGAUAUACCCGCUAAUAGCGAACUUACAUUCAAUUAUAAUUUGGAGUCUGCUGGGAUAGAGAAGAAGCGAUGUAUGUGCGGGGCGAAGCGAUGUUCUGGGUAUAUAGGUGCUAAGCCGAAACAGGAUGACCAACCAAAGAAAAAUAAACUACAAACAAAACGAACAUACAAAAAGAGAAAAAAUUUGGACGACUCACCAUCAACCAGCCAAAAACCUAAGAACCGAAUAGGCAGACCUUACAAGCCGAGAGAACUGACUGACAUAGAAAAAGAUUUAUUAAUAAUUAAAAACGCAACAAAUGCAAUGUCUAGUGAUUCAGAAUGCAGUGGACGUCUCAGUAGUUUAGAUAGUACGAAAGAUAACAAAAAUUUAAAAAGAAAAAAGAUAUUUGAAGAUAUAUCCCCGAAAAGAAUCAAAAUGGAGUCAGAA